AUGGAGAUAGCAGAAAGAAUGGCAUAUCUUCACCAUUAUUUCUUUGUUCAAGUGAUUCACUGUGACCUUAAGCCCAACAAUGUCCUAUUAGGAGAUGACAUGACUUCAUACAUAGCAGAUUUUGGCCAUUCCAAUAUUAUUUUUGGCAAUUCUGUGGAUUCUUUGACUUCUACAGAUGCACUUAAAGGAUCUGUUGGCUACAUUGCACCAGAAUAUGGUAUAGGUGGAAAGCUUACUACAAAAGGAGAUGUAUGUCGUUAUGGAAUUUUAAUUCUAGAGUUGUUAACAAGGAGGAGACCAAUAGAUGAUAUGUUCACUGAAGGAAUCAAUCUACAAAAAUGGACAGAAACUCAUUUUCCAAAUAGAAUCUCAGAUGUGGUGGAUAAUUGUUUGCUUAUAGAUGCUCAUGAAUCAGAGACAUCAAUGGUAAUAGAAUGCCUUACUCAAUUUAUACAAAUUGGGCUCUUUUGCACAAGGGAGUCACCUCAAGAGCGACCUGAUAUGACUGAGAUAGUUGAUAGAUUAAAUACAAUCAGAGGUGCAUUUCUUGGUACACCUAAAACUCCUCAAUUACCAAUAGAUAUCUCACCUUUUCUUGACAAUACAAGAGGUAUAAAUAUGGCUGGUUCAGGGAACAAUGAAGGUUCAUCUACAUCUACUUCCUAG